UUUCCCAGUAGGUUUGUCUGACUUGCACAGUCUGCUUUAGACAGCCGCCUUGUCAUUUAGGGCUUUUUUGCGCAAGCUGGAACUUUCCUUGACUUUAUCUGAGAAUUCUUUCAUCAUUAUCAUUGAGUGGAUGACAGUGCAAGGUUGAGAAGAGUUGUGAAGCCCUUCAGAGUGUUGCGUCAAGACGGGGGCCAAGCAGGAGGAAAACUAUCCGGGGAAAAGAAGUGAGGGGACAAUGCGAGUCCAAGCGCACACCAAGUUCUGCUUCCUGUGUGUGCUCACCUUCCUCUUCCAUCAGUGCAACCACUGCCAUGGAGAAACGCACAGCCACGACCACGCCGACCACGGGCACGCCCACAGUGACCUGCAGAUCUCCGAGGCUCCGUACGUGAGAGCGGCCACCGUGUCCCCGAUGUCUGGGAGUUCGGAGUCAGACGCUCUGGAGGAGGAGCAGCGCUACUUCAUCCAGGAACUGUUCAGGCGCUACGGACGGAAGGAUCGUUUGGACUUCGACGGAUUUCAGGAGCUGCUCUCCAGUUUGGGUCUGGGCACGGUGAAAGUGGUCAGCGUGGAGCACGAAGACCUGGGCCACGACCACGUGGCUCACCUCGACGCGCUGGACUUGCAGGAGGGGCACCACUCACAUGGUUCGCCCGCCAGAGACAACCACAACCAUGGGCAUGGUCACUCGCACCAUAAGCCAGGAUCCCACCACUCACACACACAACGUGGACACACAACCCCGUGCAGCAAGACCACUGCUUCAAAAAACCACGAGCAUGGACACAGUCACGAGGACAAUGGUUCUGAUGGACAUGUGCACGGUGGACACGACCACCAUCACAAUCAUAAUCAUGGCCGCACUCACACUAAGGUGGAAGGUAGUGACCAGAAACAUUCUGAUGGACAUGUUCAGGACGCACACGACCACGACCAUGACCACGACCACGACCAUGACCACGACCACAACCAUGACCACGACCACGACCAUGACCACGACCACGACCAUGACCACGACCAUGACCACGACCAUGACCACGACCAUGACCACGACCACACACAAGACAAACAGCACAAGCAGGAGCAGAGUAACCAGAAUGGUCUGUCCUCUAAGACUCACAGUGAUCAUGAUGAUCAUGACGAUCACAGUGGUCAUGAACAUAAUAACAUCCCUCAAGAGCAAACAGCCACAGACAUCACUCCCGUCAUUCAGGAUCCGUCUGCCCCCCUGGACCCCUCCCAGCCCCCUCUGGUUCCAACGUCCUCUCCGGCCCCAGCAGAAAGCAGGACAAAGAGACCCAGAAAGCCAGCGAGAGGGAGAGGAAACAGAGGCCGGAACAAAACCCCGUCUCCUCUCACACCUUCAUCUGACAGCCAUGAUCACGGCCACGACCAUGACCACGACCAUGACCACAAUCAUGACCACGAUCAUGACCACAAUCAUGACCACGAUCAUGACCACGAUCAUGACCACGGACACGGUCACAGUCAUUCUCAUAAAAAGAAGAGAGAAGCACCGGGGUCCGACGUCACCCCGGAGCCUCUGGACACUGCUCUCUCGGGACAUCCAGGUGGACAGUUUCAUCAGCAUGAAGAGUCUUCUCCUUUUCAGUGUUUGAACCUCACUCAGCUCCUCAGCUACUACGGCCUGAGUCCCAACUCGCUCAUCUCCCCCAGACACUUCACCUACCUGUGUCCCGCCCUGCUCUACCAGAUCGACAGCCGCUCCUGCAUCCGCCACUACCACCAGGUGGUGGAGCAGACAGCUCUGGAGCCCAUCAGCCCAGGGUGGGUGUGGCUGUGGGGCUUCGUCUCCAUCACCGUCAUCAGCCUGCUGUCUCUGCUGGGCGUCGUGCUCGUGCCCAUCCUCAAGCAGUCCUGCUUCAAGUUCCUGCUCACCUUCCUGGUGGCGCUGGCGGUGGGCACGCUCAGCGGCGACGCUCUUCUUCACCUGCUGCCUCACUCUCAAGGGCAGCACGACCACAGCGCACACAGCGCCAAGUCCGACAUGGACCUGGCGACGGAAUUCGACGGCGUGUGGAAGGGUUUAACAGCGCUGGCCGGCAUCUACCUCCUCUUCAUCAUCGAGCAUUGCAUCGGCAUGUUCAAGCACUAUAAGGACCAAAUGAGUCAGAAGAAGAGGAAGCAGGAGGGGAAGAUCGGCACGAAGCUGUCGGAACACAUGUUAAACCGGCGCUCCGACGCCGAGUGGCUGCACCUGAAGCCUCUGAAUGAAGAUCCCGACGGCACCGCGGUCUCCUGCGACAACGGCCACAACGACACGCAGCUGACGGAGCUCCAGACGCCCGACUCGCCCACCACCAAGACGCCGCUGGCGCCCGCAGGCCUCCGGGCGGACGGGUCGCCCAUCAAGGAGAACGGACGCAAAGCCAAGUCGCACAGACACUCGCACGGCCACGGUCACUCGCACGGAGGCAACUGCCACUCCGACCAGGAGAUGAAGGACGCCGGCAUCGCCAGCAUCGCCUGGAUGGUCAUCAUGGGAGACGGCAUGCACAACUUCAGCGACGGCCUCGCCAUCGGCGCGGCGUUCAGCGCCAACCUGACAGGUGGCAUCAGCACAUCGGUGGCAGUUUUCUGCCACGAACUGCCUCACGAACUCGGUGACUUCGCGGUGCUGCUGAAAGCCGGCAUGUCGGUGAAGCAGGCCAUCGUCUACAACGUGCUGUCCGCCCUCAUGGCCUACGUCGGCAUGAUCAUCGGCACCGCUGUGGGCCAGUACACGCACAACGUCACCAACUGGAUCUUCGCCAUCACAGCUGGCAUGUUCCUCUACGUGGCUCUGGUGGACAUGCUUCCAGAGAUGCUGCACGGGGACAGCGAGGACCACAAGCGCUGCCAGCUGGGGCACUUUGUCCUGCAGAACCUGGGCAUGCUGACCGGGUUCGGCAUCAUGCUGGUCAUCGCCAUCUUCGAGGACCAGAUCGUCCUCGACUUCGACUUCUAGUGGAGGACGGCGGGGAGGGGAGGGGGAGUCGGGCGCAUCGGUGUUGUUCUUCUCGGCCUUAUCGCGCUCCGGCCCUGCAUGCAGUGUGCGUCUCAUUCCAAACAGGCGGCGGCUCCGCCCCGCUCCUCCGUCACCUCUCCCCCCGUCCGCUCGCGGCCCAGCGGCUCGCUGCACAUCCUUCACCGCCUGUUGUUAGUAUGUCGUCGUCAUCGUUGCGCCGCCAUCGUUUCCCCCGUCUCUCGUCCGCCCUCCACGCCGAGCUUCGGCCACUUGGAGCGCCUUUAAAAGAGCGAGCGGGAAGCCCGAGUGUCAAACUGAAUAAUCUCUGAAUGUCUCUUUGUCUCUACCACCGCCUAUAAACCAGAACUUGAAAAUUGAUCGAACUUCUUUUAUAGCAACAAUAAAAUAGUUAUUUAUAAUGUUUACUGUUGUUUAGAAACAAAACAUAUUUUGUCCUCGAAUCUUAAAAGGUUAUUUAAUUACAUGAGCUGGGUGAUGCCCCCUCCCCCCCCCCCCGGUUCAUCUGAAUCAUAUCAAUGCUGGUUUUUAAAUCCCAAAGAAUUCUGUGAAUGAACCCAGUGGUCACAAUCUCAAUUCAUAUUUAAGUCUCGCAGUAAAGAAUCAAUUCAGUUGGAUUAACUCUCAUGUUACCAUUCAUAGAUCUUCCAGAGAGUUGGUUUGUGCUCACGGUUCAGAUUUUUAGUGGUUAUAGUGAUGAUUGCUGCUGCCAAGACUUCGACAGAUGAACAUUUUACCGUGAUCAGUGUUAAUUUUGUUUGGAUGCUCACAAAUAUCUGACCAACCUUUCUGUUUUGUUUUUUUUUUGUUUUGUUUUGUGAGGGUUUUGACAAUCUUUAGCCAAACGAGACUUCUUUGUCUUGCUGUGUUUUCUUCGCUGGUGAGAAUCAACAGCUGGGAAAUGUGACUCGGGGUCAGCUGGGUCUCACGGUGCCGUAGUUUAUUGGUGCGGAGCGACGCCGUCUCACAUCCGGUCUAACGGGAGCCGACCCGCUCCGGUGGGAGGAUCUGUAGAUACCUGAUGUGUUUAGUGUCAAGAGUUCAUCUGGAGGACAAACGCUUUUCUUUCUUCUGCUGUUUCUUCUUUCUUCUUGGGUUUUUUUUUUUUUUUUUUGGUGGAUUUUGAUUUUCUGACAAUCCGAGACGAACUAAAAACGACACACACACACACACACACACGCGUCACAGCAGAACAAAUCAUCAAAGUCAGAUUAUUUAUUCUGAAGAGCAUUCCCCUGUGUGAACCACUCACUGUGGAUGAGCAGUGGCUGGUGCUUGAUGCCCCCAAACCCCCCCCCCCGUCCCCUCCUGUCCUGUCCCCACCCCCUCCACCCCCCACCCACAUUCCAUUGGCUGCUACAGCUGCUGGACACACACACGCACUGUGCGUCUAUAUGUGCGUGUGCGUGUCUUCAUCUAUCCUGUCACUGUGUGACAUCCAUGCUCUGUGUCUUAUCUGGCUGUAAACCAUCGAAGCGUGCAUGAAGCAUGACCCAAAGCGGUACGGACGUCGUGUCGACUCUAAACUCAUCCAGAUUCAAGUAUUGACGACCUUUU